UUUCUCCUUUCAUCAACCAUUUAACUCUUUCAGUCUCUUGUUUUAUCCAUCAAACUUCAAUAUCCAAUUCUUCUCCAAAAAAAAAAAAAAAAAAAAUUCAAUUUCCAAUUAUGGAUUGGGCGGAUUGGGUUCAACAAGUUUCAGAAAUUAAGACACAGCUUUUUUCAAUGAUUACUUCAGAGUUCAAGUUGAUUGCAAAUGUUAAGGAAGAGGUCCCAAAGCUUGAAAGCAAAUUCCGUACCAAUCAGGCAGUGCUCAACGAUGCAGAGAGAAGGCGAGUGAAGGAGGAAGCUGUGAAGCUUUGGUUAGAUAAGCUCAAAGAGGUAUCCAACCAGAUGAAGAACGUGUUGGAUGAGUGGAACACGGCCACCAAGAUCGAAGAAGAUAAUGAGAAAAAAGAUGAGGAAGAAGAAGCUGCACCUGGUACUGCUAAGAGGAGGAAGGUAUGGCCCCUCUUCAACUUUGAUUUUUCAAUUACUAGUCUUCUUCAGCAUCGUGAUAUUGCUCAUAAGAUAAAAGAACUGAACGAAAAAUUAGAUGAGAUUAACAAAGAGAGGGAGAUGUACGGGUUUGAAUUGACAAGGAGCAUUGAAGAAGUUGAACGACCAAAAUCUACUUCCUUUGUUGAUGUGUCUGAAAUUCCGGGUCGUGGUGAGGUUAAGGAUGAUCUAGUGAGCAUCCUAUUGGGCAGGGGUAGUGAAGAAGAAAGAAACCCCCACAUCAUCUCUUUAGUGGGCCCGGGUGGUAUUGGAAAAACGGCUCUUGCCCAAGUAGCCUACAAUGAUCGCGAGGUGCAAGCUCAUUUUCAAAUAAAAAUAUGGGUUUGUGUUUCUGAUCCUUUCGAUCAAUGCAAGCUUGCCAAAGCAAUCCUUGAAUCUAUUGAUCGGCAAACACCUAACAUGACUACAUUGCAAGGUCUAUUGGAUGGAAUUUGUGACAAAAUUAAGGGAAAAAAGUUUUUUCUUGUUUUAGAUGAUGUGUGGACAGAAGACUUCACAAUGUGGGAGCCGUUCAGAAUUACACUCAAAUAUGGUGUGCAAGGCAGUAGAAUUCUAAUCACCACACGCAAAGUUAAAGUUGCAGAGAUGAUGAGAAGUGCACGCAGGAUUGAUUUGGGUGUAUUGCCUGAUGAUCAAGUCGAAGCACCUUCACAUGAGUCUUGAAGUACAUUGCUAGGGAAGCUUGGUAAAUGAAUAUGGGGCUGAGACUGCACAACUCAGAACAAAAAUGUCACUAAAGACUCUUAUUGUUAAGUGAGAAAAAUGGUUUUGUAUCAAGAUGCAUUCCUAUUGAAUAAUAAAGAUACAAUUGUGCCUUAAUUUGUUUAAAGUAUACAUUUAUAUUUGUGGAGAGAAGAAAAUGAGGAUGAGUAGGCAUUCUGAAUGGUACGAUGGUGCCGAGAUUAUUAGAUUAUUCAAGCCCCUUAAAUUUGUAAAACAAUGAAGUUUUAGUUCCUAAGAAUGGUUCCUAGUAGAGAUGAAA